CAAGCGCUAGAACAUGACGUCAACAAGUUGUUUGAGACUGAAAGAGAAGGAGCGCCUCUCGCACUCGCGCCGAAAGAGAGAGAGAAAGAGAGAAUCCGCAUUCCGCAAUAGCAUUGAGUGAGCUGCGAACAAACAGUUGCUACAGUACAGCAGAUCUUCUGCCUUUCACCAGCCUUGGGCCGUUUGCAGUUCUACAACGAUGACUGGGUUGACGUAUUGUUAGAGCGACGUUCGCCGACCAGCUGCUGCUGAUUCGACUUCACUCCUGCUCAUCUCCGCGGAAUGAAGUACAUUCUCGUGAGCCUGUCGCGGACAUUAUGAACACGCGGCGUGCCUUCAUUGUGUUCGCGUUCGUCGUAUCGCUGUGCGUGUGCGCGCUACUUUUUCUGAACCCGGCCACUGUCUCGUCCAUUGCCGCCUACGCGUUCAUUCGUCGCGGCAACAUCAAAACUAUCCUCUACUGGAAUCAGUUCUCCGGCGACUACAGUUUCUAUCUCGGCGAGGGCUAUGUUGCUCAAAAUUGUCCUCGCUUCAACAACUGCUUUGCCACUCACAGUCGAUUCAUCCAAAGCGUCGACAGCUUCGACGCGAUCGUCUUCCACCACGGUAUCCACGACGAGCUGACCUACCGGGAUCUGCCCACAAGCCGCAGACCCGAGCAGAAGUACGUGUUUGUUGCUUUGAAAAGUCCAGCGAAUCAGUAUAUCAGCAAUCGUUUCAAUAACUUGUUCAACGCGACGAUGACCUACCAAUUGAACAGCGAUAUCAUCUGGACUUACGCGGAUAUGAUUGAUCUUGCCGAGGAACAAAUGGUGGCGGUACCAUCCAGAACUGAAUUCAAGUGGAAAACGAUUGAUAGCGGCUACGAGGAGAAGGACAUUGUCGAGGAACUAGAAGAAGAGCAAUUGAUUAGAAAGAUCAUAGCCAAGAGAAAACUGGCGGUUUGGUAUCGUAAUAACUGCGAGACGCCGAGCAAUCGUGAAAAUUACGUGGCUGAACUCGAGAAGUAUGCGCCUAUCGACAAAUACGGCAAGUGCUCCGACGAUUCGACCAACUGUCUCAAGGACGCCGACUGCUUCAAAACUCACGUCGAGCCCAAUUAUUUCUUCUACUUAGCUUUCGAAGACUCUCUUUGCGACGACUACGUUACCGAAACGCUUUACAAUGCUCUCAAAUAUAACGUGGUUCCUGUAGUUUACGGUGGUGCUAAUUAUAACCGUUUCGCCCCACCAAAAUCUUACGUUAACGCGUUGGACUUCAACACACCAAAUGACUUAGCCGAGUAUCUAGCUUACUUAUCCCAUAAUGUGUCUGAAUACAAAAAGUACUUUGAUUGGAAAAAGCAGUAUCGUGUGGCUAGCUCGCGCCAACGUAUUAUCUGUGAUUUAUGCGAAAUGCUUAAUACUGACUAUCAAAAACGCUCUUAUGACAUAUCUGAUUGGUAUGGGAUGAAGAGAUGCCCUCUGCAGCAUCAAUUGACUAAGCAGAUAUCUUCUGGAGGCUCAAAUUAUGCAACGAAAAAAACUUUAUACUUACAACGUUGACACGAAGAAUCGCGUCGGUACUUGAUUUUAGACGUUGUAUAUUGUACAGUGUUAAUACUGGCACGACUUUGUGAGUGUCGACUCGAUGUUUAUAUUCGAUAAAAUACCUUGUGUUAAUAAGUAUUUCAAGUAUUUUUAUAUUAAUAAUGUGUUUACGUACAAAGAAAUUAUUAUUAUUCAAAUCACAUCUCUCUUAUUCAUCGCUGACAACUUCAUACUUACUGGAGAACUUAUUUGCAUCGUGCAUAAUUUUGAUAGUUUGAACGAAUAAAUUUC